AAUUGCCACGCAUAAAGAGUGAGGAAGGGUUACUGAUCAACCUGUUUGUGCUCAGAUUUCAUGUAUUUUUCCUGUUCUUGUUCUUGUUCUCGUUUGAACGUCAUUUGGCUCUAAUGGAAUGACUCUAGCGAGGAGUGAGAGAGAAUGGACCAUUCUAGUAAACGAAUUUAACAUUUGUAAGAAGAAAUUAAAUAGUAAAAGGGAGGCUUUAAAGAUUCUAACAAGUGACUUGGAACUUUGUCAAAGGGAAAGAGACAUUUACAAGACAAAGAUUAAACAACUGCUAAAAGAGGUUGAGGAUUACAAACGCAAGGAGAGAGAGGAACAAGCUUAUAAAUCAAAUCAGUCAACACCAGUUAAAAAAAGAUUGUCAUUCUCUGGUCAAAGUGUUUGGGAGCAAGAACUUAGGCAUGUGCGAGAAAGAAAACAGAAGACUCUAUCUCAACUUUUGUGUGAAUCACGUGGAGAGAAUAAGGCUCUGAAGAAUGAUUUUGCAGAUUUGCGUCAACUUUACAAUGAUGCACAGGAAGACAUCCAGCUCCUACGGGAAACUUUAGCCAACCAAAGGAAAUCCAACAAUAAUGUCAAGGAUUGCAAUGAUGGGAUGGAUCCGCGUCAGGAUCUUAUAUCCCAACUAGAGAAAAGUCAAGAAAAGAUAAUGGAGUUGGAAAGAGACAAACUUGCUAUCAGCGAUGAGAAAGCUGAGGUUGCUAUGGAGCGAGAUCAUUUUAAGGACAAGUCAGAGAGGCUCAAUACCCAACUGAACUUUAUCCUUGGUGCUGAUGACAGACGACUUGUCGACAUUGACUCAGUUCUCAUGGAAAACAGGUAUUUAAAGGAACAAAUAAAGCAGCUGAAGGAGGAGAAAAACAUGGCUGUGUCUGCUUUGAACAGAUACAAGAACACUUUUGAGAAACGAAAGAACAAGAUAAUGCAGGCUCAGGUACAAGGGUCGUACACAAACACAGUCAAACAUGCUGUGCCUUCACUCCUCUCGGAUUUUGUGGGACAUCUCAGCUCUAGUACAUCAUUGUCCACAGUAGCAGAUUUGCAGUUUUUGGCCAACUCUUUAUCUGAGACACUUUCUGAAAAGGACACUGCCUUGCAACACCUUAGAAGUGCUAACAAGAUUUUAGGCCACAGAGUCGCAGAACUUGAAAAGAAACUUAAGACGUUGGAGGUGUCAGGACUGUGGUCUCUACAAGGUCACCGUGGAUAUGGCUCAACAGAAGCGGAUAAGCUCAGCUGUAAUCGAAUUCAGUCGUUAGUCCCUGAUGAAGAACGUCGCUCAAAUGGUCAUAAUAGUCAACAUGAUGACCUGGAAGACGCCGGGAAGACGAGCGAGCCGGACUCCCCCUCAUCCCCAGGAUGGGAUCCCCGACCACGGAGUCCCAUCCUGGAUUUACGCCCUUUUCGACGUGACGUCGAAGAGGGGAUGCUAGUUAAUAUGGCAGGGAGUCCUGGUGAUGAGAUGGAAGGGAUAGACUAUUUGGAGUUCGUUGAGGAAGAUGACGAUGAUGGCGAUGAGGAAGUAGAAGAUUUUCAACCUGUGGAACUCUCUUGUAAGGAACUGCCAGAAUCGGAACAACAUGAAGAUAAAGAUUGUAGUGGAGAAGAGCCGAGAGACGGGGAAAGCGAGCGGAGCUACUUUGAUAGCAUUGAGAUAUCCCAAGAGGGCGAAGAUUCCGUGAGAUCGCUUUCCCCAGAAGCGAACAAUCAUGGAAGUAAAGGACUAAAUGAGGACAGCGAUUCGGAUCAGAAAUCUGUAUCAGAUGCUGAGCUAGCUAACUUAUUGAAAACACUUAGUUCUGAUGAGGGAUAGAUACAACCCCAGGCAUAAAUUUUGGAAUGACGUUUCUUAGCUUAAUCUUUCGUAUAUACCAGUUGGGCCACUUACAGGUUACGUCAAUGUUUGUACAUAACAUCGGUCAUAUUUAUAUGUUGCUGCUUAUGAUGAAAUCAUACAUCUUACAGGCAAUUUAAUCCAAAGAGUCCCAGUGAGACGAAGAGAACCAUAUUUUAAAUUUAUGUUCAAAUUUACAUUUGGGAGACCUUGUUGGAAAGUCUCCUGGUAACGUAACACUUACUUGAUAUCUCUUUUACCAGCUUAAUAAUAUUAAACUUACGGGAACAUGG